AUGGAUGCGGAACACGAUUUGGAAAAGGAAAAGGUUUUGAUCCUUUCAAAAGCUACAAAUACAGCCAAUAUAAUUAGGCAGAAAAUGGAAACUAAAGGCUUCAAAUAUCAACUUAGAUAUGGGAUAAUUUGCGGUUCUGGGUUGCAUCACCUCUCCGACAUAAUUCAGAAUAGUAUAGCAAUACCUUAUUCCGACAUUCCAGAUUUGCCUCUGAGUCAAGUGGAAGGGCAUUGCAAUUUCAUAACUAUAGGUGAUAUCGAAAAUCAAAAGGUUAUAUGUUUUCAAGGACGCUACCAUUUUUAUGAAGGUCAUCCUCUGUGGAAGGUGAUAAUGCCAGUCCGAAUAAUGAAAUUAUUAGGGGUCGAAACAAUUUUUAUAACAAAUUUAUCAGGAGGAGUCAAUCCAUCUUUCAAAUCAGGGGAUAUCAUGGUAAUCAAGGAUCACAUUAAUACUACCGGAAACAAUCCAUUGAUAGGAAUAAAUGAUCCCAACUGGGGUACGCGGUUUCCUGAUUUAAAUAAUGCCUAUGACAAAGAUCUAAGACAUUUGUGUGGUUCGAUCUUUGAGAAACUAAAUCUUAAAUCUUGUCACCAGGAGGGAGUAUACUAUAUGCUGACAGGGCCAAGUUAUGAGACUAAAGCAGAGAGCAAAAUGAUUUACCGUGUAGGAGGAGACGCUGUAGGAAUGAGUACAAUUCCAGAAGUCAUCGCAGCUAGGCAUUGCGGAAUUAAAGUAUGCGCUAUGAGUUUAAUUGCCACUACUAUCGAUUUCGAAAAUUAUGAAGAUUUUGAAAAAGAUAACAUAUCCCAUGAAUUUCGAAUGCCACAAUCAUUAACAGCUACUAAACUCCAAAAUACUUACGAAAAAAUUUUCGAAGUAAUAAUGUCUAAAUGUCAAGAACGGGAUUUAUUUCCUGAUCCAUUAUAUAUAUACUUGGAUUUCGAAAAGUCUGCUAUGAGCGUGGUUAAAACUGUCAUUGUUAGGUCUGGAAAGCCAAUACAGAACCGAACCGAUGAAACCUUAAGCUUCUUUUGUGACAUGAUGGACGGCUUAGCAUUUGUUCCUUUAUGUGAUAUGGGCAAUGCAAUGGUAAGGAUAUUCUUGAAUAUUUCGAUAAAAUUUACAUCAAUGGAGUAUCAAGGGAGGUCACAAGAAGCAAUUCUCAAUCCCAAACAGGUCGAAUUGGGCCUCGAUUCCCUCCAGAAACUUGGAACGUGA